UUUAUAGAUACGUUUGGUUUGGGUUGGAAGAGUAAGGACAAAAUUGCUCUAUUUAGUUAUAAAAAGAAUUACAGGGGAGAAAAUUUUUUACUUUAAUUUUUUUUAAUAAAUGGAGGGAGGAAAGGAAAGAAGGAGAGGGAGAAAAAUAAAAUGAUAUAACAUCGUACUCCCGAUUGAUCAAGGGUAGGAGGUUGUAUCUUCCCAGAUCUAGCCGAAUAAUUCUAGCCCUCUAUUUGAGAACAUCAUUCCAUUUCCCUCCCUUUUGCUUCCCAGAUCUGGAAUAUCAUCACCCGAUUUGUAAGUAAAUUUACAUGGUUUAUUAUUUUAAUCUCUACAAGUGCAUAAACAUUGUUACUUUUGACCAAUUUGGAUGUGAAAUUCCAAGAAAAAAAUUUUAUAGUUUGAACUUUGAAAGCCUGAGUUACAAUUAAUUUUAAGCCACUGGCAAAUGACACAGCAUAACUAAUUUUUAAAAAAUUUAACCAAUGAAGUAUAUAUUUCUUCUAAAAAGUCCUUUCCUCUAAAUAAUUUUUUUUCUUCAAAUGCACUUUAGUACUGACAUGAAUUUUGUGUAUGGUGAAAUAUUCUAUAGGCUAACAUGGCUACUUGUCCAAGCAUGAUUGUACCAGAAGUUCUUAGAAAAGAAAAUUAUGAAAGGUGGAGCAUUUUAAUGCGACAUUAUUUAGUAGCUCAAAAUCUUUGGGACGUUGUUCAAGUAAAUGAGAUUCCUGGCCAGGGAGAGUGGAUUCAAAAGAAUGCUUUAGCUCUGCAUUCAAUUAAGGUUUCAUGCGGAACAGAAAUGUUCAAUCGGAUUAAGGAGAUGGAUUCAGCCAAAGAUGCUUGGGAUGCUUUAGCCGAAAUGCAUAGAACCCCUUUCUAUCACGACAUUGUUGAGCUCCAAGAAGUUUUCUCUCAGGACGUUGACGAUUUGCAAGAAGAAACGCUAGGUUUUAUUACAUUUCCUCUGUUUGAGUUUGCUAUUUCUUCUGCGCAUUUGUUGUUGGAGAUCGAAUCUCUAUUGCCUUACAAGUUACAAACAUGAUUGGCAGGGCAACGCGAAACCUUGCAUAAUUUGAUUGGCGAGGGGAAUAUUGACAAAGUAAAGCAGUUCUUACGCAACAAUCCGAAUUCAAGAUCUGAGAAUAUAUUACACUCUGCUAUCCACGUUGCAAUUACUGCUGGUAAGAAAAACAUUGCACGCUAUCUCUACAAGAAGACUCCGCAAUGUCUACAUGGAGAUCGUGGCUUCCUCCUCCUCCAAGAGUGUAUAAAUAAGAAAAUGUUUGGUAUGAGCUUGAACAAUCUUUUUUCUUUUUGCUGUUAAUGUUUCACUUUUAUCUCACAAACUUUGGUAUCAGAUAUUGCAUUCGAUCUACUCCACCAUGUUCCAGAGCUGGCACUCGGAUGCCCUUCUGGUUGCACUCCACUCGUUUUAAUGCUUGCUCAAUCACCCUCAUUGUUGGACGGAAGACGUUUUGGAUCUUUGUCACUGUGGAUUUAUAAUU